UCGAGCAGUCGGACCUAGCUGCAGUUCCUCAGACCAAAAUGGCGUCGCGGGAUGAAUCGGUGAGGGAGUUUGUUGCAGUUACCGGUGUUGAAGAAGAAAGAGCCCGGUUUUUCCUUGAAUCCGCUGGCUGGGAUUUGCAGCUCGCCCUUGCCAGUUUCUUUGAGGAUGGAGGGGAUGAUGAUAUCGUCACUCUCCCUCAGCCAGAAAGCGGGCCGGGUCCUCGAUCCACAGGACAGAGUGAGCACCGAGUAACUUCCUUCAGAGACUUGAUGCAUGAAGAUGAAGAAGAGAGUGAUGAAGAAGGUCAAAGGUUCUUUGCUGGUGGUUCGGAACGCAGUGGCCAGCAGAUUGUUGGUCCACCCAAGAAGAAGAGCACAAAUGAGGUGGUGGAGGACUUGUUCAAGGGAGCAAAAGAGCAUGGGGCCAUUCCAGUUGACAAAGCAGGCAAAGGGCCUGGAGAGUCUAGCAGGGCCAAGGCGUUUGUUGGAGGUGGUUAUCGUCUGGGAGCAGCACCAGAAGAAGAGUCUGCCUAUGUGUCUGGAGACAGACGAUCCUCUGGCAGUAGUCAAGAUGUACAUGUGGUCCUGAAGCUGUGGAAGACAGGAUUCAGCCUUGAUGAAGGGGAGCUCAGAAACUACAACGAUCCUGGGAAUGUCCUCUUCCUGGAGUCCAUUCGUAGGGGGGAGAUUCCUCUGGAACUGAGGCAGCGCUCUCGGGGUGGGCAGGUGAAUUUGGAUAUGGAGGACCACAGGGAUGAAGAUUUCGCCAAACCCAAGCCCGCUUUUAAGGCUUUUACUGGCGAAGGACAGAAACUUGGCAGUGCCACUCCAGAGUUGGUAUCUGUCCCAAGCAUGGAUCAGGCACAUCAGGCUGCAAGCGAGGCUCGGGCCUGUGCAUCUAUCAGUGUGGAUGAGUCGCAGCCUGUUACCAACAUCCAGAUAAGGCUGGCUGACGGAGGACGGCUGGUGCAGAAGUUUAACCACACCCACAGGAUCUCUGAUAUCCGCCAGUUUGUGGUGAACGCUCGGCCAGCCAUGGGUGCAGCGGAGUUUGUCCUCAUGACGACUUUCCCCAACAAGGAGCUGACGGAUGAGAGUCAGACACUGAAGGAGGCCAACCUGCUGAACGCGGUCAUUGUGCAGAGGCUAAAGUGAUUGUGCCUUCUAGUGGCUAUGUUUUAUCACAGCACUCUGAGUUUCCUGCUCACCAGGAAACACAUGGACUUGAGGACUUCUUAUUUCUUUUUUCCCUUCGUGAAUUUUUUUUCCCUCAUUUGCAGUUUUGUGAUGGUGUGUACCUUUUGGAUAUAACAGAGAUAAAGAGGGAAAAAUAAAAGUAAUUCCUGUGAGACACUUUAAUGGAUGGAGAGCUGUAUGGAGUUUAAGUCUCCCAAAAAACCUACCCAAUAAACAUACUAGGAAAAACGCAUUCAAAUAAAGAAUAAAGAACUUUCUAAAUA